GGGUCACCCGGACUCUGCUGAUACUCCUGCCUGGUCACCCGGACUCUGCUGAUACUCCUGCUUGGUCACCCGGACUCUGCUAAUACUAUCAGGUGCUGAGGAGCAAAUUCUGCCAGGAAGCGGCGGGACGUCAAACACUCCACGUAUAAUCUUUCAAAAGAUACUUUAAUCCAUACUAUAAGGAUUAAAGUAGCCUCUCUAUGUAUAAAUCCAGAGAUAACCAGGUUAAGAUAGCCUCUUGUUGAAUAAAUUCUGAGAUAUAGACCAUCGUGUUGUAUGUGCACUGAAAUAUACACACCUGUGAGCCUGCAUACACAUAGGUGUGGGUGUGGUUCCUCUGGCAAGUGAGGAAAAUGUGGAGUUUCAAGAACAUGAGUCGGCCGGAGUGGGUGGACCGGGUGUGGAAAGACCUCAUUAAGAAAGAAUUUAUACCCAUCAAAUUCCUUUUUUUCCUCAUGUUUGGAGCCAUGACGAGCCUCUUCCCGUUCCUGACUAUCCUGGCAAGAUCUCUAGGUAUCGAAGAGAGCGAACUAUCAAUUGUACUGGCUCUCUCCCCAGUAAUUGCCCUCCUCGGCCCUCCCGUCACUGGAAUACUUGCUGACAGAAUUGGCAACUUCAAGGUGCUGUUCAGUGUGUUAACAGCGACCAGUGGAGUUGUUGGACUAACCUUCUUAGCUGUGCCAGUCGGCCGUCAGAAUAUCCCUUUACCCGAUCACCUGCCUUACUACCUUACCUGCGCUUUUCCCGAGGAUCCCCAGCCUCUUCUGAGCCUCCAUGAGCCUUACCAUUGUGACUAUCAGCUUCAUUUUAAUACUGUCAACAUCACACUGACCAACUGCACACUCUGCAACCACCACAGGUCAGAGUUGAUGGUUGAUGGUUGGUGGCAACUGGACGCCCAAGUUACCCUAGACAACACCAGCCUGAAGGUGCCAGCCUGGUCUUGUUCCCUCCUGCCACAACACCAGAGUGGUGAGGCAUCAGGGUGGACCAGCAAGACCAACACAAGCAGUAAGGCGCAGGAAUGUUACGCUCAGUGCUUAGCGCUGGUGCCUCGUCAACAGGUGUGUUCCAACAGCCACACCAUUCUUGAAUUUCGUCCUGUCCUCACCUACAUGUUGUUCCUGCUUAUGAUGCUCAUCAACGGAAUUACGCUAGUUGCAAGUCAAACACUGUUCAAAGGUGCCACAAUAGCCAUCCUACGGGAGCACAACGGUGACUACGGCCUCCAGCGAAUUUCCGGCAGCCUGGGAGCUAUUGUUCUCACUCCACUUUCAGGAGCUCUGGUUGAUAUCUUCUCUGGUGACGCAGGACAACAAGACUUCAGGCCAACAUUUUACAUGUACUGUGUGCUGAAGGUUGCAGCUAGCCUGGCUGUCCUUUGUCUCAACCUUGACUUCAGAAUGCCUUCAAGCAAAGUCACUAAGGAUUUCAAAUCUUUAUUAAAAAGAGCAGAAGUUCUGACCUUCCUUCUAGCAGUGAUUUUCACAGGUACAUUCUUCGGGAUACUGGAUGCAUUCCUCUUCUGGUUGCUGCAGGAUCUGGGAGCUUCGAACACUUUAUUGGGCAUCACUGUGACCGUGGGAACUGCAGCCGGCAUACCCAUCCUUGUGGCCUCAAAACACAUUAUCUCCACUCUGGGGCAUGCCAACACCCUCAUUUUCGGACUUGCCUUCUAUGUCGUCCGCAUGAUAGGAUAUUCCUACAUUCAAGAUCCAUGGUGGUGUUUACCCUUUGAAGCUCUGGAAUGUUUUACUGUCUCCCUGAUGGACGCUGCUUGUGUAUCCUAUGGUGAUGCCCUCGCCACACCAUCUACCAUUGCUACACUGCAGGGAAUGUAUGGAGGCCUUCACUAUGGUAUUGGUCGCGCUCUUGGCAGUCUUAUUGGAGGAAACCUGAUAAAAGUGGUGGGAAUUCGUAACACCUUCAGAGGCGCAGCUGGAGUGUCUGCUGUUGCCUGUAUACUAUACUUUUUCAUCAACUAUAACUGUUUCCGUAAACAGCAACAAGAGCGCAGACAGAAAGCUAUAAGUGAAAAGACAAAUAAAGCAACAGUGACAGAAGAAAAGAAACACACAGAGGAUAAAAUAACUAAAUUUACAGCUGAUGAUAAUAUUCCAAAACAAGAGUAUCUCAGUUCAGCAUUUAAUGGAGAACUAAAUUACACAGAUAGUCAAACUGCAAGUAAAUCAGAAUAUGUUAAUUUAGCAUUUGUCAAAGAAGCAAACUCCAUAAACACUUAA